UGUUUAUUGUACAAUAUAGACUCCAUGAAUAAAAAUGCUCAAAUUAAAAAAAGCUUCGGGUACCUUGAGGAGUGGCGCCUGAGCGAGCACGCGCACGCACAGUCAACGCUGGACUGUCAAUUUUCGACCACAAGUUGACUCCUGUGCAGUCAAACGAAACAAGUGGAACGUGUUAUUUCGAACUGCAUUUGCUCGUGCAGUAAUUCGCAACGCAUCCUCGCGGCUCUGUAACUAUGGGCAACCGGGAGAUGGAGGAGCUGGUCCCGCUGGUGAAUCGCAUGCAGGACGCCUUCAGCGCCAUCGGACAGAGCUGCAACCUGGACCUGCCGCAGAUCGCGGUGGUGGGUGGUCAGAGCGCAGGCAAAAGCUCUGUUCUGGAAAAUUUCGUAGGGAGAGAUUUUCUGCCUAGAGGCUCAGGAAUUGUUACGAGGAGACCACUUAUCCUUCAGCUCAUCAAUGCAACGGCAGAGUGUGCAGAGUUUCUGCACUUUAAAGGGAAGAAGUUUACAGACUUUGAUGAGGUUCGGCGGGAGAUUGAAGCAGAGACAGACAGAGUCACGGGAGCAAAUAAAGGCAUAUCCUCCAUUCCCAUCAGUCUGCGUGUCUACUCUCCCAAUGUUUUGAACCUGACUCUGAUAGAUCUUCCAGGCAUAACUAAAGUCCCAGUGGGUGAUCAACCCCCUGACAUUGAAUACCAGAUCAGAGACAUGAUCAUGCAGUUCAUCUGCAAAGAGAAUUGUCUCAUCCUGGCUGUCACUCCUGCUAACAUGGAUCUGGCUAACUCUGAUGCUCUUAAGCUGGCCAAAGAUGUGGAUCCACAGGGGCAGCGCACUAUCGGUGUAAUCACUAAACUGGACCUGAUGGACAAGGGCACGGAUGUCAGGGAUGUGCUGGAGAACAGGUUAUUGCCACUUCGCAGAGGUUAUAUUGGUGUGGUAAACCGUAGCCAAAAGGACAUUGAUGGAAAAAAGGAGAUAAGUGCAGCUCUGGCUGCAGAGAGACGGUUCUUCAAAUCACAUCCAGCAUACAUACACAUGGCAGACUGCAUGGGCACCGCAUACUUACAGAUGGUCCUUAACCAGCAACUUACCAAUCACAUCCGUGAGACAUUACCAGCCUUGCGUAGUCGACUGCAGGGUCAGCUUCUCUCAUUGGAUAAAGAAGCAAAGGAAUACCAGUAUAUGAACUCAGAUGACCCCUCACGCAAGACCAAGACCUUAAUGCAGCUGAUACAACACUUUGGGCUGGACUUUGAGAAGAGCAUUGAAGGAUCUGGUGAUCAGGUGGACACAGUGGAGCUUUCAGGAGGAGCCAAAAUCAACCGGGUGUUUCAUGAGCGUUUCCCUUUUGAACUGGUUAAGAUGGAGUUUGAUGAGAAAGAAUUACGAAGGGAGAUCAGUUAUGCUAUUAAAAACAUCCACGGCAUCAGGACGGGCCUUUUUACACCUGAUAUGGCCUUUGAAGCCAUAGUGAAGAAACAGAUUGUGAAACUCAAAGGCCCUUGUCUCAAGUGUGUAGACAUGGUGAUCCAGGAGCUCAUCAACACAGUACAACAGUGUACUAACAAGUUAGGGACCUUUCCUAGGCUACGAGAGGAGACGGAGAGGAUAGUGACCACACACAUUCGGGAACGCGAGAGUCAAACCAAAGACCAGGUUUUACUCUCACUAGAGAUUCAGCUGUCUUACAUUAACACAAACCACGAAGAUUUCAUCGGAUUUGCAAACGCUCAACAGAAAUCAAAUCAAACGUGUAUCAAGGCUUCAGCAGGAAACCAGGGUGCUGCCCCUCCACCACCCAGUCAAAUUGUGAUUCGUAAGGGCUGGCUAACCAUCAACAACAUCAGUCUGAUCAAAGGAGGAGCCAGGGAUUACUGGUUCGUGCUUACGGCAGAAAGCCUGUCCUGGUAUAAAGACGAUGAGGAGAAGGAGAAGAAAUACAUGCUUCUUCUGGACAACCUGAAAGUGCGAGACAUAGAAAAAAGCUUCAUGUCCAGCAAACAUGUGUUUGCCAUCUUUAACACAGAGCAGAGGAACGUGUAUAAGGACUACAGGCAUCUGGAGCUGGCCUGUGACACGCAGGAGGAGGUGGACAGCUGGAAGGCAUCUCUGCUGAGAGCCGGGGUCUACCCAGAGAAAACCACUGUGGACGGUGAGAGUUCAAGCCAGGCUGAGAGCUUCUCAAUGGACCCUCAAUUAGAGCGUCAGGUCGAGACCAUCCGGAACCUUGUGGACUCAUACAUGACCAUCGUCUAUAAAGGCAUCCGAGACCUGAUGCCUAAGACCAUCAUGCACCUCGUCAUCAAUAAUGUGAAGGAGUUUAUCCAAUCUGAGUUGCUUGCUCAGCUGUACUCUUCAGGAGAUCAAUACUCACUGAUGGAUGAAUCCCCUGAACAGGCCCUGCGUCGAGAAGAGGUGCUGCGUACCCACGUCGCCCUGAAGGAGGCGCUAAACAUUAUUACCGACAUCUCAACCUCCACCAUCUCCACCCCAUUGCCACCACCCGUAGAUAACUCCUGGCUGCACGGAAGCUCCACGCUGCACCGAAGGUCUCCUCAGGGUUAUAGUGUCCCUAAGAAGCAUCCCGCACCAGCUGCUCCUCCUCCACCAAACCGCUCAGAACCGUCCACCCCUCCCCUUUCCAACAGCACAGACAGCACCAGUACUUCCAGUCGUCCCAAACGAAUUCCUCCCAGCGUUCCCAGGAGACAACCACCCGCAGUACCCAAUCAACAGACACACUGAGACCCCCACACCAUCAUCAAGCCCACAUUUGAGGGAAAAAUGCUCCAACUACAGGAUCUGCUUGAAUUUGCAUUAAGCUACCUUCUUGAAAACCUGACACUCAUCCUUUGUCAUAGUGGAAAACAUUUCUGUAAAUGCAGACCAGUUCUGAAUCUUUGCUUUAGACAGAUUGUGAAUAAUUCUGUUCUAGUGGGCGACUUUGAACAUUAUACUCUAAUGCUGGAAAGCUUGUUCCCGUUUUGUACAUAUGUUUAUGUUUGUUGGGUUCAACAUUCUUUGUGCAGUUUUGCAAUGAUUAUAUCGAGUGUGUUUAAUCCCGGUGUUUUAACAGGCUUAAAUAAAAAUGUUUUUUUAAA